AAACAAAUCGCCGGGAUGCUCACGAGAACAUAUUUCUUUUGCCUCAUGAUUUUUAGUAUAGUUUUUCAAAGAACUAUUCAAAAUGGCGUGUACCUCGAUUAUGCAGUAAGAACGCACAGUCUCCCCACCACGACAUGCCUUCGAGUUAACGACGUCAAAAGCACAUGGCGCUGUUUUUCAACUUGUUUGAAAAAGAUGAAUUACUUUUACAUGUUUAGCCAUAACAAUCCUGAUCAGUCGUGUGCGUGUUGUACUGACCAGACAGGAAGUGCGCUAACCGGAACAAAAUGGAAGACAUACAUCCCGCCCGCGUGUCCAGAUGGAUAUACUACUUAUCAAUACAAAUAUUUCAAGAUUUGUCUGAAGUAUGUUGCCAUGGACACCAAGUACCCGGAUGCGGUGAACUUUUGCAAUGCAGAUGGCGGGGAUCUUAUUCGAAUUGAUUCACAGCAGAAAUACGAUUUAUUUAGGGCCCACUUAGCACCAUAUGCGGCCAUAAAUGUAGUUCAAGUGUGGAUUCAAGGGGUGGAGCACGGCACGGAGUGGAAAUUCCAUGAUGGAACGUCAUUUCCGAAUCUUUGUUCCAUCAGCCAGUCCAAUAACGUCAAUGAAAUUCACCUCCGCUACAAAACCCCUAAUGAUGCAUGCAUUGACGCUCCGCCUUCUGACAGAUAUCACUACAUGUGUGAAGUCUAUCGCAGAUUUUCGUACCGUAACUAGCGAUUUUUGCAAAGAUGUCAUUGAGAUCAAUUUCAAAGUCGGAUGUCCGCUAGAUCACGUUUUAUUUUAUUUUCAAUAUGUCGGAAUUUGCGGUUCAUCGUACAUUAUCCUUUUUAAUCUAAUGAUGUUGCGGAGCCCGGAUCAUCUAUCCUGCCCAUUGGUCGUUAAAUAAAGGCUUUACCUAUUCGUCGUGAAAUAAACUGCCCCGCCUAUUGGUCGUGAAAAGAAGGGAAUCGUUUAUUGGUCGUGGAAUAAAUAGACCCUCCUAUUGGUAGUGAAAUAAACAGCCCCGGCCAUUUGUCUUGAAAGAAAGGGACGCUCAUAUUGAUAUUGAAAUAAACAGCCCCACCUAUUGGUCGUAUAAUAAACAAGCUUUGCCUAUCGGUGGUUAAAGAAAGGAUUCCUCGUAUUGGUCGUGAAAUAAACGAAUACAGCCAUUUCUAGAGUAGACUACACAUUUUAAAACAUUCACCUAUCUAUACAUGUUUAAGUAUUUGUAAACUUCAAUGGCAGGCAUCAUGUUACAUACAGGUUACGAGGUUCAGCAGUGCAGUUAUGUGACGUUUCAGUGACAAAAAAAAUAAUAAAGAAAACUUAAAUCAGUUUAGAAAAAAACUGUCGUAGUAUACCAGUCCGAUUAAACAUUUUAUUGACUGCCAUGUACUAAUUUGUUUUCUGAAUUGAUUGUAUCAUGUCCAGAUUAGCAAGUAGUAGACACAUUUAACCUUUGAAGCCGUGGGGUGUAUUAUUCUCGAGUGGGACGUUAAACAAUAUAAAAUCAACCAAUCAAUCAAAAACCAUGUAUUUUAACUAAGGCAAUGAAAACCACACCCUGCUAGAUUGACGCUUGAUGUAGUCCUCUUGAUUUCAAAUUGUGCAUAUCCGGAAUUUGGGAUAUAGCAAAUUUAUACUCCCUCUAUCAGAAUAAAAUGAAAGAGCCUAAAUUUGCUAUUUUUCAUAUUCUCAUUCUACCGCUGUAUACCACGGGUUAUCGUAGGGACUCCGUGGACGAGUGGUUAGAGCAUCACGCUCAAAAUCACACGGCCUCUCACCUCCGUCGGCGUGGGUUCGAAUCCCGCUCUGGCCGGUAAGUGAGAAUGUUUCCCAGUUUACUUUCGGAAGGUAGGUGGUGUCUUCCCAGGCACAUUGUAUCUGGGUUCUCUCUUCCACCAAUAAAAACUGGGCGCCACCAGAUAACUAAAAAAAUGUUGAGUGUGGCGGAAAACAUACCCUCCUCCAAAAAAAAUAAACCCACGGGAUAUCUGGAUUGGUUCGGUAUUCAUCGAAUUUGAUACUUAUAUUUGUAAGAAUUUUUUCAUGUGUUUGAUAUGAGCAAAGGUUUGCAACAUAUGAUUUCUGGAAACUGUGAUGCAUUAUUCUGGUUUAUGUGUAUAAAAUAAAUUCGUUUCUGUGUAAA